UGCUCCUCCCACCCCGGAGUCAAGUUUACGGAAGAGAGCUGCCAGGGCCGACGCGUUGUGGCAGCCGACUCCAUCCGCCUGACCCAGCUGAGCUUGACUCUGUCUAGGCGCGCCAUGUUCGCGCGUGGGUCCCGGAGGCGCCGCUCCGGGCGUGCGCCUCCAGAGGCAGAGGACCCUGCUCGUGGCCAGCCUUGCAAUUCCUGCAGGGAACAGUGCCCAGGCUUCCUGCUGCAUGGCUGGAGAAAGAUCUGCCAGCACUGCAAAUGCCCGAGGGAGGAACAUGCGGUGCACGCUGUGCCUGUGGACCUAGAACGCAUCAUGUGCCGGCUCAUCUCGGACUUCCAACGCCAUUCCAUUUCUGAUGAUGACUCAGGCUGUGCUUCAGAGGAGUAUGCCUGGGUACCCCCUGGCCUUAAGCCAGAGCAGGUUUACCAAUUUUUCAGUUGCCUUCCAGAGGACAAGGUGCCCUAUGUCAACAGUCCUGGGGAAAAAUACAGGAUAAAGCAGCUGCUGCACCAGCUACCUCCACAUGACAGUGAGGCACAGUACUGCACAGCCCUGGAAGAGGAGGAGAAGAAAGAGUUGCAAGCCUUCAGCCAGCAGAGAAAACGGGAGAACCUGGGUCGGGGCAUCGUUCGAAUCUUCCCAGUGACCAUUACUGGGGCCAUCUGUGAAGAGUGUGGAAAGCAGAUUGGAGGUGGAGACAUUGCUGUCUUUGCCAGUCGCGCAGGCCUCGGGGCCUGUUGGCACCCUCAGUGCUUUGUGUGCACCACAUGCCAGGAGCUGCUGGUUGACCUCAUCUACUUCUAUCAUGCUGGCAAGGUCUACUGUGGGCGCCACCAUGCUGAAUGCCUGCGCCCUCGCUGUCAAGCAUGUGAUGAGAUCAUCUUCUCCCUGGAAUGUACAGAGGCCGAGGGCCGACACUGGCACAUGGGUCACUUCUGCUGUUUCGAGUGUGAAGCUUCGUUAGGAGGGCAGCGAUAUGUCAUGCGUCAGAGCCGCCCCCACUGCUGCGCCUGCUAUGAGGCCCGUCAUGCUGAGUACUGUGAUGGCUGUGGGGAACACAUCGGCCUGGACCAGGGCCAGAUGGCUUAUGAGGGCCAACACUGGCAUGCUUCAGAUCACUGCUUCUGCUGUAGCCAUUGUGGUCGAGCACUGCUGGGCCGCCCCUUCCUGCCACGCCGAGGCCUCAUCUUCUGCUCAAGGGCCUGCAGCCUUGGAUUUGAGACCACAACUCCAGGGCCUAGCCUCCGAAGCUGGAGCGCCAGCACAGCCACUGCACGGCUCACAGCUUCCCGGGCUUCUUUCUCAGCUGCAGAGGGGACAUCAGAGACAGCCAGCAAAGGCACCUGUACGAAGGCAGAGUCUGCUGCAGGUCCUGAUGAACCCUCCCACUUUCUGAGAGGGGCCCCCCACCGUCAUUCUAUGCCUGAGCUAGGGCUACGAAGUGCUCCUGAGCCACCCACAAAAUCCCCUGGCCAUCCUGCCCUACAUCCAGAUAAUGCCUUUGGUCGCCAGAGUACCCCGCGUGUCAGCUUCCGAGACCCUCUGGUGUCUGAAGGAGGUCCACGACGGACCCUGAGUGCACCUCCAGCCCAGCGCCGAAGACCACGAAGCCCCCCACCCAGGGCCCCCAGCUGUCAUCGCCGCCGCCGGCGGCGGCACCAGCGCCGCCACAGCAGCCACCAUCACCACCACCAUCCUAGCAGAUAUGUCCACCAUCGAUGUGACUUGGGAUCAGGUUCAGAUUCAGGAUCUUGUUCCAGCUCACCCUCUAGCCCCAGUUCAGAGUCGUCUGAGGAUGAUGGCUUCUUCCUAGGGGAACGUAUCCCACUGCCCCCUCACCUGUGCAGGCCCAGGACCACCCAGGACACUGCAACCGAAACCUGUAAUUCCCCAGCCCCACCACCUGUCCAGGCAUCUCACCCUGCGAAGCCUCACCAGACCAAAGACAAGAACUGCAUCGUGGCUUAAAGAAAGGCAGUUUCAGAAGGGAGUCUACUAAGUCAUAGUGCCCUUCUUUAUUUGUCUUAAUGAAACAAUGUGAUAGUUGUUAAAAAAUAAAGUAAAAAAAAAAAUAAUAAUAA